CAAAAAUGUUUUAUUCAUGAAUGUGCAUUAAUAAUGAUGAUGAUGAUCAUUACAUAAUAUGUUAAUUUUGGAUGAUUAUUAUUAUUAUUAUUAUUACAUCAUAAGUAGAUCAGACAUAUUCCUGGAGCUGUUUACAGUCUAUAUUGGAUUAAAUUCAAUCAAUAGUGAUACUUUCUAAUAGUGAUCAAUAAUCAAUAAUCUCAGAAAGAAUAUAUUCAUGUAUACUUCUAUCACUAUUUAUCAUCCAUUAUGAUAAUCAUCAUUUGAUAGUGAUUGAAUUGAUUGAAUUCAAACAAGUAUUAUGAUUAUGUAAUAUUGUAUAAUGCAAUCAUCAUUGAUUAUUUCAAAAUCUCAACCAUCUCUUCUAUUAUCAACUACAAGUCAGGAAACGUUAACAUCAUCUUCUAUAUUAUCUUCAAACAAUACUAAUACUACUCAUAUUGCUAAGAAGGAUACACAUUAUGAUCAAUUAAAAGAAAUCAAUAAAAUCAAUGUGAAAUUACGACGAAAAUCAUUGAAUACAUCAUCAUUAUUAUUAUUAUUAUCAUCAUCAUCAUCAUCUGAUCAUACAUAUUAUAUGCAUAACAUUAAUCAAUGUAAUAAAAAUCAAUUAUCACAUUAUUUCAAUAGAUCAUCUUCAACAUCAUCACCAUCAUCGUCAUCAUUCAAUAGAGUAAAGCAUAUAAAUCCAACAUUGAAUUGGUAUUCAUUAGCUUUAAGAUUAAAACAAAGAACUCGUUAUUUCAAUGAGAUACAAACUAAAAAUACUAAAUUAUUAAAUUCAUCGUAUGAUAAUAAUAAUAAUAAUAAUAAUAAUAAUAAUAAUAAUAAUAAUAAUAAUAAUGGUAAUGAUUUUUUUAUUCAGAAUACAAAUUUUAAUCAAUUAUAUGGUAGACAAUUAUCAGAGAAUCUUAUGAAAUUACCACCGCCAGCAUUGUCAUCACAACGACAAUGUGAACAAUUGAAUAAACAACGACAACAACAAAAACAAAAACAACAACACAGUAAAUCAUGGAAUGAUAAAAAACUUGCGCGUAAUUUACUACUGGAAGAAUGGAAAAGGAAAUCAGAUACUGUUCAAAAUUUUAAACAUAUUGAGAACGUGUCACUUCCUACAAAAAUGUUUACAAUACGCUUCUGGAAUGGUAUUGAAAUAAAAUUACAUCCAUUACCUUCGGAUAAAUUAGAAGAUGUUGUACGACCACAUUUAUCUGAUUUAACUAUUCCGAUACAAUGUAUUGAUUUGGUUAAUAAAGAAUUUAUUCCAUGGGAAACUCCUACAUUACAAUUAUCAUCAAAAACAUUAUUGAUUAAAAAAAUCCACAAGAAUAAAAUCACUUCCACUGGUAUUCAUCUGACUAAUACAAGAAAAUUAGAAAGAAGAUCAGUUCCUUUAUUUGAUACAACCUCUGAUGCACUGAAAAAUUGGUUUGAUUUUUACAAGAAAAGCAACAGUUUGAACUCAUAUUCAUUGUCUGACCAAUUGAUAAAUGAAUGUCUAAGUGAAUUGAACCCAAAUGUGCUGGUAAAUUUACUAUCAGGGCGACAGAAAAUAUCAGACAGUAAUUCAACUACAUCUAUACCAUUAACUACAAGCCCGAAUUCAGAAGAAGCAAUUCGACAAAAAUCGAAUUCUUAUUCACGUUUUGAAGAUAGUCAACAUCAAAAUAUGCCGAAUAGUCAACAAUUUGAUAGUCAGGAUCUGGCUAGUCUAUUUUUUAUUGAAGAUUCAUGGGAACAAAUUGUUAAAUCAUCUUCAAAAAUGACAAAACAACAGCAGAAAAAACAAUCAGCUAUUUGGGAAUUUAUUUACACUGAAGCGAACUAUCUAAAGUAUUUACGUACUAUUAUAGAUUAUUAUUUAUCUCCAUUUUUGGAAAUACGUGAAUAUUUAUUUGAGAACUUAGAUAUUGGAUGGAUUUUUGGUAAUAUUGAAGAAAUAUUCAAAGCAAAUAUUAAACUUUGGUUACACUAUUUAAUUGGACCAUUGAAAGAAAUUCGUCGUAAUGGAGAUGCAUUUACACCGAUCAUCUUUAAAAGUGCAAUAACACACAUUCCUGAUUUACUCAGUGUUUACAAACAAUACUAUGUGAAUCUAUCUCGUUGUCGAUCAUAUACACAAGAAGCCGUUAGACAAAGCACAAACUUUUGUAUAUUUCUUGAGUGGGCUGAUCAACAAGGUCAUGAUCAUCGUGAACCAUUAUGGGAUCAAUUAACAAAACCAACUACACGACUAACUCAAUAUCGUUUAUUAAUGGAAUCAAUACGGAAAAAUUGUUGUAAUUCUACUGAAGAACAAGUAGUCAAUGAAAUGUACAAGUCAAUUAGUGAUUUCAUUGAGGAAAUUAAUCAACAAAUGAUGACUGAAACAAAAACAUGGGAAAGUUUAGAAAUGUUGGCAUCAAAAUUAAUAUGUUGUGAUUUUUUAGACAAUAAUAUUGAUGAUUAUACACAGUUGAUUAGUGAUUAUACAAGAUUUAAAUUUUCAAUCCUUAGUCCAAUCAAAUUACCAACUCCAGUGAUUAUAUUUAAUGAUUAUAAUACCAUACAUCAAACUAUACCUUCAUGUACAAAAUCAUUAGCAUUUUUACGUAAUCGACGUUUAAGUGGUUCAUCAUUAUUCACUUCUAAUAAUUCAAUAUCAGAUCCUCGAACUAUAUCAAAUCAUACAACAACUAGUUGUAAUCGUAGUGAUUCCGGUAUUGGUGAUUGUAAUCAAACAUUGUCUACAUCAUCAACAGUAUCAACAGAUAAUACAUCACCGAUACAUUUGAAACAACGUUCAAGAAUUUAUAAUUUAACUAAUCAAAUAAAUGAAUCCAAUUCAUUUCCGGUAAUGUUAUCACGUAUCUCUGAAGGUAGUGGAUUACAAAAAUCACUUUCUAUUGAUACAGAAUUAUCAGAUUCUUUUGCAUAUGAUUGGUCAGAUAUUUAUUGUAGGCGAACUAUUCAACGUACUGUAUUAUAUGGAGGAAAUUUACGAUUUAAAGAACCACCGAAUCGUUCGGUGGAAACUGUUUGCCAUAUUUUGACUGAUUUAUUUUUAAUUACUAAGCAACAUAAGAAAGAUGGUAAUGAUUAUUGGAAAUUAUUAAAAAGUCCUAUACGAUUAGAUAAGUUGAUUAUUCAACGUGGUCGUGAAACUGGUGUUUUUGGUUGCGCAAUUCUAGAUGAUUUUCAUAAUAUUGCUAAUCUAUAUAUAUUUUCUGCUGGAACUAAAUGUGAUGAAUGGAUUGCACGAAUUGAAUCAGCAAAGGAAAAUUAUCGUAAACUAAUGGAACCUGAAGUUCUAGUUGCUCAACCAAUAAUGAAACAUCAACGAGAUGAUUUAUCUACUAUUGUUAUGUCACCAGAUUCUAUAUGUAAUUCAGAUAAUACUUCAGAGUUACAUAAUCAAUCAUAUGGAUGUAAUAAUGGUUAUUUUGUAGAUACUAUUCCUACAUCUACUAACAAUAUUGAUUCUAGUAAAAAUAAUAUGAUUGAAGGAAAUAAACGUAAUGUGUUCUUCCCUUCCCAAUCUUCUUUAUUUGAAAAUAUAAAUUGUAAUCAGAUCAAUAAUAAUAAUCAAACAGAUUCUAUGUGUAUUAUAGAUAAACGUAUUAGAUCAAUCACUUCACCAACUAUUAUAUCUAAUCAUCAACGUUCCAGUUCUAGAUCAUGUAAUUAUACAACAAUUCAACAUGAUUCCACUAAAAUGAUUCAUUCAACUAGUGUAAGAAAUUCAUUCUCAUCUAAUAAAUCAGAUCAUGAUCAAUUACAUUCAUCAAUCAAUAAACUUGAUCUUAAAUCAACUUAUUCAAAAUCUAUUUCAAUGUCACCAUUAAAAAGGGAUGUAGUAAAAAAAUUCUUUUUACCUAGUAAUCAAAAUGGACAAAAAUAUUAUUUAAUGAAUGAACAAAGUGAAUCUAGAUCAUCAUCUGAUCUAAAUGAUCAACAAUACAAAUUGAGAUCAUCUAAUAUAGAUUUACAUAAAAUCAUUGAUAUAAUUCCUAAUCAUCAAUCAUCCAAAUUUAUAUCUUCAUCAAUCAAUAAUAAUAAUAAUAAUAAUAAUAAUAAUAAUAAUAAUGAGGAUAAUCAACCUUUUAUAUUUGAUAGAAAAUCUAGUCAUUCAACAUUAUCAUUAUCAUCUACAACAUCAUCAUCAAAAAGUGAAAUGAAAAUUCAUCUUAAUCAACCAUCAGUAGUGAUUUGUAGAGUUAAAUCGGAUUCCGAUGAAAUAAUCAAUAAUAAUAAUAAUAAUAAUAAUACCAAUAAUAAUAAUAAUAAUCGAUAUUUACCUUCAACUAAUUUACAACGUCAAUCAGUUCAUCAAUCAUUAUUAAAUAUUGAACGAUCUGAUAGUAGUGAAGAUCAAAUUACAAUUAAAUUAUAAAUGGUUCAAUUGUUUAUAUUACAUCAUUGUAAAUUGUUUUUUUAAUUGAUUGAUAACCUUCUCCUGUUUUUUUUCCCUUUUAUUCUAUUAACUUGGUAACAUAAAUUCAUUUUAUUGUACAGCAAUAGAUACCUUGAAAAAAAAGGGGGGGAAAUGUUUAAACAACUCCUUCAUUGUUGUCAAUUAUCUAUUAUCGAUUUUUUUUUGAAAAAUUUUUUUGUUCCCAACAUGACUUAUUUACUUAUAUUUGUUACCCUUCAUGGAGGAACAUAGGGGCCGCCCACCAACACUCUCUCCAUUCAAUAUUACUAUUUGAUUAUUUCAUAUAAAUAUAUAGAUCCUUUGCUAUUUUUUAUCCAUCUAUCUCCUCUAUUUAAACUUUUUUGUAUAAUAUAAAAAUCGGUGAUCAUGCAAAAAAUAAAAAAAUAAACAAACACACACACACACACAUACCACAGACACACAUACAUACACACACAAAUUACUCAAUAACAUGUAAUACACAAUUGUUUUCAAACAUCCCCCCAAACACGCACACAUACACACACAGACACAUACACAUUUAGAAUGAAUACAACAUUCAAGAAUUAAUGGUCUUUCAUUUCAUUCAUCUAAAAUAUCAAAACAAAUAGGUAGAAGGUAUACAAGUAUAUUUUUUUUUCUUUUUCACAAAGAAACAAAAGAGGGAAAAAUUGUUUUAUGAGUUGCUUAGUUUUACUUUUAUUAUUUGUUUAUAGUAACAAUAUGAACACAAUCACACCAUUUUUUUUAAAAAUAAAAAUAAAGAGAUCAGUAAUUAAAUUAA